CCACCCCAACCGACCAGCUUCCUCUCUGGGUCCAAGGAGCAAUCACAGUUGCCUGGACCUGGGCUUCCUCUGAUGGGUGGGAUUGGGAGGCUGGGCCCCCAAACAGGCCCCUGGCUUCCCCCUUCCUCUGGGCCCUGGACGGAGAAGCACAGGCCCAGGACGGUAGGGUCUGACUUCCUCCUGUCCCGGAAUGCGCACGCCUGUCCCUUUGCAAGCAGGUUUGAGUCUCUCACCCAGAGGAAACCAAAAGCAGUGAGAGGAGGGGAGGCCGAGCGGCCAAUCAGGGCCAGGGUGAGGCUCAAAACCAGCAGGCUCCCCGGGGAGCCCCACUGAGGCCCAGCCAUGGAGGAGCUGCAGCAGCUACAGGAGUUUGAGAUCCCCACGGGCCAGGAGGCUCUGCGGGGCAACCACAGCGCCCUGCUGCGGGUGGCCGACUACUGUGAAGCCAGCUACUUGCAGGCCACAGACAAGCGGAAGGCACUGGAGGAGACCAUGGCUUUCACCACCCAGGCCCUGGCCAGUGUGGCCUACCAGGUGGGCAACCUGGCGGGGAACACACUUCGAAUGCUAGACCUGCAAGGGGCCAGCCUACGUCACAUGGAAGCCCGAGUCAGCACGCUGGGCCAGAUGGUGAACAUGCAUAUGGAAAAAGUGGCUCGAAGGGAGAUUGGCACCUUAGCCACUGUUCAGCGGCUGCCACCUGGCCAGAAGAUCAUCCCUCCCGAGAGCCUGCCCACUCUCACACCCUACUGUAGGAGGCCUCUCAACUUUGGCUGCCUGGAUGGCAUUGGCCAUGGCAUCAAGGACCUGAGCACGCAGCUGUCGCGAACCGGUACCCUGUCUCGCAAGAGCAUCAAGGCGCCGACCGCACCCGCCUCUGCCACGCUGGGGAGACCACCCCGGAUUCCCGAGCCCGUGCAGCUCCCGGUGCUGCCCGACGGCAAGCUGUCCGCCGCCUCGUCUGCCUCUUCCCUGGCCUCGGCCGGAAGUGCCGAUGGUGCCGGUGGUGGGGUCCCUCCGUCCCAGGGGCAGGCAGCACCCCCGGCCCCACCCCCUCCUCCCUCUUCCACCGAGGCCUUACCGCCCCCUCCUCCUCCGGUGGAGCUGUCCCCGCCCCCUCCAGCCACAGGGCUGCCCCCGCCGCUGGACCUGCCGCCUCCUCCAGCCUUGGAGGCCGAUGAACUGCUGCCCCCACCCCCACCAGGCUUUGGACGGGAUGAGCCCAGCUGGGUCCCUGAGGCGUACUUGGAGAAAGUGGUGACCCUGUACCCGUACACCCGUCAGAAGGACAACGAGCUCUCCUUCUCCGAGGGCACCGUCAUCUGCGUCACCCGCCGCUACUCUGAUGGAUGGUGCGAAGGUGUGAGCUCAGAGGGGACCGGAUUCUUCCCGGGAAACUACGUGGAGCCCAGCUGCUGACAGCUCCAGCACACUCCCAGUGGCCGGGUACUGCCCCAGGCACUGCCUCACGGGGGUCUCCUGAAUCCUAAACCAAAGGCACACAGUUAAGGCUGGGCUAGGCCUGUCUACCUCUUGGGCUGUGUUCCGUCCCUGCCUCCCAUUGCUUUGGGCAGUGGUUGCGGGGGAGAGAGGAGGGACACACGGAAGCUUGCUGUAGACGGGCAAGCCGAGGAGCGCAAACACACUGUCUACAGAGCCCCCGGUCCUGGCAGAGUACCAGCUUUGAAAAGAACUCUGCUGGACCCCCACUGAUGAUGGCCAGAGGGGGAGCAAUAGGAAGACGUCCGGUUCUAAUAAGACCCCUGCUUGGUAGAGCCUCUCAGCCUGUCCCAGCAAAAGACCCUCCUUCUCUCCACUUCCCCAAGUCUCUUAAGCUCUCCCUCCAUUACACCCCAGAUGUCAUGGCCAGACGCCGACUAUACCUUUCUGCCCUUUGCUUGUGUUCAGUCUGGGUUCCCCACUUAAAUGGGGCUGACAGCAGAGCACCCCAAUUCUCACCCCUCAGACCGUGGCGCAGCGCAAGAGACUGGAGACAAUUUGUUCCCCUUCACCUCUUUUAUAGGUCUGGAUUAUCAGAGGGUGGCGGGGCUUGGGCUUCCCUGGCUCUGCUUAAAAAUCGUCAUGGCUUUCUGUUCCGUAUUGGAGGGGGGAGUGCAGGGACUCCUUUGGUAAAGUCCUUGGUCUCUUCUUGCUGCAUAGAUGAGGCUGGCUGCGGUGCGAGGAGAUGUAGUCGCUCUUUCAGAGGUCCCAGGUGGGCUUUACCGUGGGUGGUUAGUGCGCUACCUCGUACCACCACCAGGAGGCGACUUCCCUCUGGCUCGUUCUUCCUCGGAGGCUGGCUGGCGGAGUGGGGAAUGGGAGGAGGGCAGAAGGUGUAGAGCGCCCUAGCGGAGGGUUUGCCGUGGCUGAAGCGAGAUCUAGGAGACCUGGUGCUGUGUUCGCGGGGAGUCCCGUGUUGGCAU